GGUCAGCUGUCUCAGGCGCUGAAUGGCCUGUCAGACCGAGCCACCGAGGCCAAAGAAUUCCUGCUUCAGCUGAGGAACACGGUGCAGCACAUCCAGGAGAAUGGGGUGGAGUUUGAGGCCUGCUUGGUGGCACAGUGCGACGCCCUCAUUGAUGCGUUGAAUAGACGUAAAGCUCAGCUGCUGGCUCGAGUCAACAAAGAGCAUGAACAUAAACUGAAGGUGGUCCGGGAUCAGAUCUCUCACUGUACGGUGAAGCUGCGUCAGACCACGGGGCUGAUGGAGUAUUGUCUGGAGGUCAUCAAGGAGAACGACCCCAGUGGAUUCCUGCAGAUCUCCGACGCUCUGAUCCGGAGGGUCCACAUGACAGAGGGUCAGUGGGGGAUGGGAACCCUGACCCCGAGGAUGACGAGCGACUUUGACCUCACCCUGGACAGCGGACCCCUCCUGCAGACCAUCCACCAGCUCGACUUUGUGCAGAUGAAAGUCCCGGCUGCGCCGAUGCUCCAGCUAGAGGAAUGCUGCACUCAGAACAACAGCGCCACGUUGUCAUGGAAACAGCCACCGCUCUCAACCAUCGCCGUAGAGGGAUACAUCCUGGAGCUCGACGAUGGAAACGGGGGGCCAUUCAGGGAAGUGUACGUGGGGUCGGAGACCAUCUGCACAGUGGAUGGGCUUCACUUCAACAGCACGUAUAAGUCCAGAGUGAAGGCCUUUAACGCCAGCGGGGUGGGUCAGUACAGCAAGACCCUGAUCAUGCAGACGUCAGAGACUGGACUCCCUCCAUGCGAUAUUCAGUCUAUAGGCACAGUAGCUUGGUUCACCUUUGACCCGGCCUCGGCUCACCCGGACAUUAUCCUCUCCAACGACAACCUGACGGUGACGUGCAACAGCUAUGACGACCGGGUGGUCAUGGGAAACUCCUCCUUCUCCCGCGGCAUUCAUUACUGGGAAAUGACCAUCGAUCGCUACGACAACCACCCCGACCCAGCCUUCGGGGUCGCUAGGGGCGAUGUCCUGAAGGAUGUGAUGCUGGGGAAGGACGACAAGGCAUGGGCCAUGUAUGUGGACAACAACCGCUCCUGGUUCAUGCACAACAACUCACACACCAACAGAUGUAGGACGGAUGGAGGCAUCAGUAAAGGCUCUACGAUCGGGGUGCUGCUGGACUUCAGCCGUGGGAUCCUCAUCUUCCUCAUCAAUGAUGAGCAGCAGGGCCCCGUGGCGUUUGAAAGCCUGGAGGGCGCCUAUUACCCGGCCAUCAGCAUCAACAGAAAUGUCCAGGUCACACUGCACACUGGACUUCCCAUUCCGGAUUUCUACACCCCCGGGGAGGCUGAUCCCACCGGCUCUGUGUGCUAAACACUCCAGAUCUCACAGUCAUUUUGUGGAAACCUCUGCAGGAUUCAUCCAGCCAAUCAGUGAUGUAGAUCCCAUCCUCACCCUGCCCCCCUCUCCUCCUCCUGACCCCUGUACUGUAACUCUCUGCCAGGGGCCCUUCCAGCGCUGAGCCAUGCCUUUAUCAUGCCUAAACCUUGAACACACAGAGAGCGUCUGCAGGUCAGAGCAUAGGGUGCUUGACAAGCUGUUCCACCUCUUCUGACGUGACGGACAACGUUUUAGAAAUCCUGCAGAAACCUGAAAAUGACUUCAAGCUGAUGGAUUCGGACUAAUGUGCAACGAUCAUCGGGUGAACUCAUGGAAUACAGCUUUUUCUCUUUUGCUUUAUGUUAUAUGAGGAUAUUGAUACCACCUUUAUACCUCUUUGCUGAACAUGAAGCCAACCUUGGGCUAUCUUAGCAUAAUGAAUAAAAUAAGAGAGGAUAGUGAUCCUCCAGCCCGGCUUUGUCCAAAGUUUAAAACGUGUCUCCCAGCACAUCCAAAACCCAUCAUGCUUUAUUCUGUACAGAACCUGAAUGUAAUGUGGAGGUUUUAGAAGCACACGGAUUAUUCAAACUCAGAAAUAUGUAAAUAAGGAACUCUGGAGGGCGGAGUGUGUUCACACAUAUUUAGCAUAGUGCUAAUAAUAAUAAUGAAAUAUUGAGCUACAUCUUUAAGAAGGGAUGUUUUUAAACAAGUAGAAAAAGUCUUCUUCUUCUUUCUGACUGAGUCUGUUCCUGCCGACAACCUGAAACAUUUCAAACCUGCGAGAGGUCGGACGGUUAAAACUCAUGACCUCUGACCUCUCAGCUGAAGUCUCAUCGUCCGUGUUCACAAGACGCUUUUUUUCGUGGCUUUGCUCCUGUGAAUAAAGCGCUAAAGUAAUAAUCUGUGCAGAAUUCAUCUGCACUGCAGCUCUCAUAGAUCCCUUAACCCCAAUACAUAGAAGAAGACGGCAAACUGUGAGUGCUGGAAAUGCUGGGAAGUGUGAUCAUGUUGAGGGUGAUGCUCGUUGCUUCUUCUGUAUUUUUGUAGUCGAAUCUUCGGUGGUUUUGUAAGAUAUAAAAUAUACGACUUGAUAAUUUUAGAGACGUGUGAAGAAAAAUAAGUUAUUGAUGUUUUCCAACAAGAGUUAAAUGUUGUAAAGUUUAAACAGAAAGUUUGAUCUUUAACUGAAGAGGCUUUUUAAAAUAUUGUCUUCAAUGUCGACUAACAGGAAAGGAAGACGGUGCGUUGGGAACUUUUUCUGGCAACAGAUUUGGGCAACAGCAACUUCUACAAAUUCAGCAAUUUCAAGAGCAAAACAACUUCAGAUAAAACAGUUUAGCUUCUGAAGUACUUUGAAUGCUUACAUGUUAAGUCAGUCUUAGUAAUGGUCUAAUGUGCAUAGUGUUAGCAUGCUAACAUGCUAAAACAGCCAGCACUAGCAUGCUAACAUUAAACACGUACAGAUGAUGGGAGGAUCGUUAGUCUGACGAUGAUCUUUGAUUAUGAAAACAUUUCUUGUUUCAGUUUUAAUGACAGAGUUAAAGAAUGAAAUUAUUUAGACUGAACUCAACACCAUUCAUCCUCUGGUCACUUUCGUGACUCAUCGUGAAAUUAUCUCCAGAGUCUGAAAACCCAUCUUGUGGGGAAGAUGAAUGUCAGAGAAACUAUAUUUUUAGUAUAUUUGUAGAGUCAAUGAAAACUUUAACCUGCUGGUGGCGCUAGAGGAAAGUCCAGGAUCGAGAAAGUUCACGGAGUUCAUCUUCUGGGGGCCAUGGGCGUCAGUACUAAAGUUUAUGGAAGCUUAUUCUUCCACUUUAAAUACAUCUCGACCUCUUGGUGCGUCAGAGGGUAUAUCCUCUGCAGACCCUGAACAAGAUUAAAGAUGCUGCUCUAACUCGGAAAUAUUUCAUGGAAUAAAUCAAAAGUUACUUCUGCUGCUUGAGAGACCAUAAUGUGAUGGAUCAUCCUGUAAGGACCAUAAUGUGAUGGAUCAUCCUGUGGGGACCAUAAUGUGAUGGAUCAUCCUGUAAGGACCAUAAUGUGAUGGAUCAUCCUGUAAGGACCAUAAUGUGAUGGAUCAUCCUGUGGGGACCAUAAUGUGAUGGAUCAUCCUGUAAGGACCAUAAUGUGAUGGAUCAUCCUGUAAGGACCAUAAUGUGAUGGAUCAUCCUGUAAGGACCAUAAUGUGAUGGAUCAUCCUGUAGGGGACCAUAAUGUGAUGGAUCAUCCUGUAGGGACCAUAAUGUGAUGGAUCAUCCUGUAGGGGACCAUAAUGUGAUGGAUCAUCCUGUAAGGACCAUAAUGUGAUGGAUCAUCCUGUAGGGACCAUAAUGUGAUGGAUCAUCCUGUAAGGACCAUAAUGUGAUGGAUCAUCCUGUGGGGGACCAUAAUGUGAUGGAUCAUCCUGUAAGGACCAUAAUGUGAUGGAUCAUCCUGUAGGGGACCAUAAUGUGAUGGAUCAUCCUGUAAGGACCAUAAUGUGAUGGAUCAUCCUGUAGGGGACCAUAAUGUGAUGGAUCAUCCUGUAAGGACCAUAAUGUGAUGGAUCAUCCUGUAAGGACCAUAAUGUGAUGGAUCAUCCUGUAAGGACCAUAAUGUGAUGGAUCAUCCUGUAGGGACCAUAAUGUGAUGGAUCAUCCUGUAAGGACCAUAAUGUGAUGGAUCAUCCUGUAGGGGACCAUAAUGUGAUGGAUCAUCCUGUGGGGGACCAUAAUGUGAUGGAUCAUCCUGUAAGGACCAUAAUGUGAUGGAUCAUCCUGUGGGGGACCAUAAUGUGAUGGAUCAUCCUGUAGGGGACCAUAAUGUGAUGGAUCAUCCUGUGGGGACCAUAAUGUGAUGGAUCAUCCUGUGGGGGACCAUAAUGUGAUGGAUCAUCCUGUGGGGGACCAUAAUGUGAUGGAUCAUCCUGUAGGGACCAUAAUGUGAUGGAUCAUCCUGUAAGGACCAUAAUGUGAUGGAUCAUCCUGUAAGGACCAUAAUGUGAUGGAUCAUCCUGUAGGGGACCAUAAUGUGAUGGAUCAUCCUGUAAGGACCAUAAUGUGAUGGAUCAUCCUGUGGGGGACCAUAAUGUGAUGGAUCAUCCUGUGGGGGACCAUAAUGUGAUGGAUCAUCCUGUGGGGGACCAUAAUGUGAUGGAUCAUCCUGUAAGGACCAUAAUGUGAUGGAUCAUCCUGUAGGGGACCAUAAUGUGAUGGAUCAUCCUGUAGGGGACCAUAAUGUGAUGGAUCAUCCUGUGGGGACCAUAAUGUGAUGGAUCAUCCUGUGGGGGACCAUAAUGUGAUGGAUCAUCCUGUGGGGGACCAUAAUGUGAUGGAUCAUCCUGUAAGGACCAUAAUGUGAUGGAUCAUCCUGUAAGGACCAUAAUGUGAUGGAUCAUCCUGUAGGGGACCAUAAUGUGAUGGAUCAUCCUGUAGGGGACCAUAAUGUGAUGGAUCAUCCUGUAAGGACCAUAAUGUGAUGGAUCAUCCUGUAAGGACCAUAAUGUGAUGGAUCAUCCUGUAGGGACCAUAAUGUGAUGGAUCAUCCUGUAAGGACCAUAAUGUGAUGGAUCAUCCUGUAAGGACCAUAAUGUGAUGGAUCAUCCUGUAGGGGACCAUAAUGUGAUGGAUCAUCCUGUAAGGACCAUAAUGUGAUGGAUCAUCCUGUGGGGGACCAUAAUGUGAUGGAUCAUCCUGUGGGGGACCAUAAUGUGAUGGAUCAUCCUGUAAGGACCAUAAUGUGAUGGAUCAUCCUGUAGGGGACCAUAAUGUGAUGGAUCAUCCUGUGGGGGACCAUAAUGUGAUGGAUCAUCCUGUGGGGGACCAUAAUGUGAUGGAUCAUCCUGUAAGGACCAUAAUGUGAUGGAUCAUCCUGUAAGGACCAUAAUGUGAUGGAUCAUCCUGUAGGGGACCAUAAUGUGAUGGAUCAUCCUGUAGGGGACCAUAAUGUGAUGGAUCAUCCUGUAAGGACCAUAAUGUGAUGGAUCAUCCUGUAAGGACCAUAAUGUGAUGGAUCAUCCUGUAAGGACCAUAAUGUGAUGGAUCAUCCUGUGGGGGACCAUAAUGUGAUGGAUCAUCCUGUGGGGGACCAUAAUGUGAUGGAUCAUCCUGUAGGGACAGAUGUAUGAGUAGUAGUAAGAAAAUGAAAUCUGACAAUUCUUCCAUGCUCGUAUGAACAUUGUGGUGACACUCAAGGAGAAUUAAUCAACCAUUGAGAUGUAUUCUCUGGACCAUGAAUGUCAGUAUGAAAUAUCAUGGCACGUUGCUUAAGGACACAAAUACCAGCAAUAUGUUGCCGCUGUGGAUCGAGUAAUUUCAGUCUGCUGCUGGCCAGGAUAACCCUCACCCUGGUCCAUUUGGGGAAACUGUUGCCUCUCUGCGUUGCCCUAAAACCGUUGCCUGGCUUUGUACUCCAUACAUGUGGAGCGUUCAAAUCAGGUGACGUUCUAUGUUAGAGCGUCAUAGCGUGCCUUUUCCCCUCUUAAAGAAGCAUCGUCUGUAAAAUGUGCUCUCCAUACAUUUACUAAAACUGACUCUUAUGGCUCUCCAUACAUUUACUAAAACUGACUCUUAUGGCUCUCCAUACAUUUACUAAAACUGACUCUUAUGGCUCUCCAUACAUUUACUAAAACUGACUCUUAUGGCUCUCCAUACAUUUACUAAAACUGACUCUUAUGGCUCUCCAAACAUUUACUAAAACUGACUCUUCAGAGCGAAUAAGAAGUAUGGUAGUUUGUCCAAUCAGGGCUCCCAUAUAGAAAGUUAAGCUGGUUGUUUAAUUGGCGUUUGUUUAUCGUUCGUCAAGUGUUAAUUAUAAAAGGGUAGGGGUAUAAGAGAGUCACCCCCCCACCCCCCAAUCAGCUCAGGCUGCAACACAGGCGUCCAACCAGAGGACUGCUCUGCACGCCUCAAACAUCUGAUCAUGAAUAAUUAUCUCCUCCUGAAAGAGUGUGUGUGUGUGUGUGUGUGUGUGUGUGUGUGUGUGUGUGUGUGUGUAGAAAUUAAACUAUAAACAUUAAUAGUAUAAUUUAAUGAUUUAAUUAUUAAAUGUCUGAUUCCUGAAGUCUUGAUGAUCAAAGUGUAAUUAUUCUGUUUUUUUUCUUUGUGUCAGUAUUCAAUAAAAAAUAGACGUAAACAACGUCUGCACGUUCUAUCUUUCAUAUAUCUAUAAACCAUAUCUCUAUAGACCGUAUAAAUAUAUACAGUAUAUAUAAUCAUGACUACAUUGAACCAGCAGCUCUUCCUCUCUGGUCUCUG